CAGGUUCCAUACUACGACUAUGCCCUUGACAUCAUCCUCGAUAUCGAGACUCCACAGGACGAGAUGCUCACGCAGGACCAGCAGGAGCUGGUUGAGUCUGCAGCAGAGGUCUUGUACGGUCUGAUCCAUGCUCGAUACAUCGCCACACAGCGGGGUAUGCAGCAGAUGCUCGAGAAGUUCCGCAGGUGCGACUUCGGUCGCUGCCCUCGCGUCCUCUGUGACGGACAGGCUGUGCUUCCCGUCGGACAGAGCGACAUUCCUCAUCAACUGACCGUCAAGGUUUUCUGUCCUAAAUGUCAGGACAUGUAUUAUCCCAAGAGCUCGCGCAAGGCGGCUACUGAUGGCGCUUACUUCGGCACUUCCUUCCCUCACCUUCUGCUUCAGACCUUCCCCGAGCUCUUCCCGCCCUCCCGUCCCGAGGUGUACGUGCCUCGUAUCUACGGCUUUCGGCUUUACAACGGACCCAAGGGGCACGGCAAGGAGAACCAUCCUCCUCUCCGCUCCUGA